AUGACAUCAAAUGCACAGUUUUUAAGAGAAUAUAAACUUGUAGUUGUUGGCGGUGGUGGUGUUGGCAAAUCUGCCUUAACAAUUCAAUUUAUUCAAUCACAUUUCGUUGACGAAUAUGACCCAACAAUUGAGGGUAUCGCGAUGCGUGAACAAUAUAUGCGAACUGGUGAAGGAUUUCUUCUCGUUUAUUCAAUCACAUCUCGAAAUUCACUUGAUGAAAUUAGAAUUUUUCAAGAACAAAUUCUUAGGGUUAAAGAUAAAGAUCGUUUUCCAAUGAUUCUAGUAGGCAAUAAAUCCGAUUUGGUUCAUGAAAGAAAAGUUUCACAACAAGAGGGAGAAGCUUUAGCCCGAAGCUUUGGAUGUAAAUUUAUUGAAACUUCUGCAAAACAACGAGUCAAUGUAGAUGAUGCAUUUCAUGAUCUUGUUAAAGAUAUUAGACUAUACAAUAAAGAUCCAAUGUUUGGUGGAAGAAAUCCAUCAUCUGGUCCAGGAAAUAAUGAUUAUACGGAUACAUACGAUGAUAGUGGUUGUUGUUGUGUUAUUUUGUAA